UAAAGACCAGAAUAGUCUGCAACAUGAAGCGUCUUCCCUCCCCUGGAAGAAAAGCAGUGGUCGUUGCUGUGAUCUGUACCGUGGCAGUGAUUUCCAUUUGUGUAGCUCUCGCCAUCUCUCUGGUGGUCAAGAGGAGGUCCUCACACCAAGAAGCAGCACCCCGGCCAGCCUUUUAUACAGGUGGAGAUAUGCUGGAUUAUCUGAUGAAUCUGAGAAGAAUAGACAGAAAAGAUGGCUUAUUGGUCACCUGGCACCAUGCUGCAAAUAAGAAGAGUGAAAUGGAAGCAGCUUUGAAAAGUGAUGUCAUGGCCCUGGAAUCUGAUGUCACAAUUGAAGGAUAUAACACACCCAAUGAAACUGACAAGCCCAUCAUGGCCCACCCCCCUGACAUCUACAGUGACAACACUCUUCAGGAAUGGUUGGAGGCAGUGCUUAGAUCCUCCAACAAAGCUAUCAAGCUGGAUUUCAAAAACAUCAAGACAGUGGGUCCCUCCCUAGACAUCUUAAUACAAAUCUCCUCCCGGCUGAAUAUUGAUAGGCCUGUGUGGUUAAAUGCAGACAUUCUAAAUGGUCCAAAUAUACCUUUUAACAUCGCAGUCAAUGCAAGCCUAUUCCUCUCACUUAUCCAAGAGAAGUUCCCAAAUUGCACCAUCUCCUCAGGCUGGACAAAUCUGUAUUUGCCUUUCUUGCCCAACAACACCUACACACAGACAAUGGUUGAGGAAAUGCAUGGCCUUGUGGGAAAUCUGCCUCAGCGAAUCACCUUCCCUGUAAGAGCUGUCAUGGCAAGGCCAGCAUGGCCUCAUUUGAGUUGGCUUUUGAGUCGGUCCAAAAGGUAUAGCUUGACCUUGUGGCAAGGAGAGGCUGAUCCAGUGACAGUAGAAGAUCUCUUGUUUAUCCGAAAAAAUAGCCAACCUGAGCAAAUCUUUUAUGACCUUUAUGAUCCUGUUUUGUCUCAAUUCAAGGACAUGGCAUUGAAUUCUUCAAGAAAUAUUUUCACCAACUUGACCACAAUGGAUUCUUUAUAGAGGAAUGUGAAAGCUGCACUGACGUUGGUCACACAUUGGACAUGCCAUAAAUUCAUGAAUUAGUCAGACCAGAUCUUCUUUGGCCACGACUGCUACCAAAAGAGUUUAAAAGAAAAAACUCAACAAAAUGAACAACAGCAAUAGAAUCAAACUCAUUAGGAGGCUUUAGAAGUUAGUGUUAAGAAAAUAAGGCUGACGCAUCACUAGGAGAGUUGUAAAGUCGUCCUGACGUUCAGGUGACUACUGUGGUCAAGAGCAGCUUCACCCAGAAGACAGAUUGUGCCAUUGAUAUUUGUGUGUGUGUGUGUGUGUGUG